CAAGUCUUCAGGGGUGUUUAGGUUUUUAUUUUGCUUUGUGUAGUUAUUACAUUUAGAUGUGAUAUUAUAAGAUUGUUGAAAAAUAGUGUGCCGUUAGAUGAAUGGUUCUCCCAAAGCUUUCAAUGGAAAUUCUGAUAACAGAAGGCUAGCUGCUAAUCAUGCUGCUAAUAAUUGUGUCAAAACACUUGCAGAGAACCGCUUUUCAGGUUAAUUUCUGACUAAGGCUUUCGCAUGUAAAGGAAMUACAUGCUGUAUACCGCAGUCUGGCCUAUUUUUGCGUGUGGUAAUAUAACUAAAUUUAACUAAUGUGAAAUGUCAGCGCAAAAAGACUGCGAGUUUUUGGUAAAAACAGCCCGAGAUUUGGUCUCUGAAGAUCCAUGUGCUGCCAAAGCCUGGCUCAUAACAGCUAGAACCCUUUACCCAACAGACUUCAGCAUCCAGUAUGAAAUGUACAUCAUUGAACGCAAUGCAGAGAAGACGGCUUCAGCAGGGAGGCUUCUGUAUGACAUGUUUAUAAACUUUCCAGAKCAGCCCAUAGUUUGGCGUGAGAUUAGUGUGAUCACAGCUGCCCUGCGCAGUGACUCGCAGGACAAACACGCACAGUUUCUUAGGGGGCUUUUUGAGACAUUGCCUGGUCGUGUGCAAUGUGAAAUGCUACUGAAAGCCACAGAGCAGUGUUUUAACACUCUGGAGAAAGCAGAGAUGCUGUUGCUCCUUUUGAAGCGUUUUCCAGAGUCUGUGGUUCAACAUGGGGUUAAUUUAGGAGAGACACUGUUGGACGCGGAGGCAUCGGAGAAUGUGGAAACGCCAGUCAACUGCUUCAGAAAGCUUUUUGUGUGUGAUGUCCUUCCUUUGGUCAUAAACAACAUGGACAUGCGCCUGCCAACAAGCCUAAUGCAGAAGUAUAUCUUAAAAGCUGCUGAGUUCUAUAUUGGCUAUGUGACUCGUGGACCAUCACCUGAUGUCCAGUUACAAGGUACUCAAGACAGUGGGACUUUAAAGUCACCUGGCAUUUCUCGUGGCUCUCAGCGAUACGUGAUAGAUGGCCUGUCAGAAAAAUCCUCAGUGGUAGCAGAACCGUGGGAGAGGCUGCUUGAUAUUGUCGCUGUGGUUGGUGCACGCUGCGAGUGGCAGGGAGACAAAGGGCAGAGGAGUUACGUGGACAUGUUGCAGAGAGUGAAGGAGCUGUGCCGGUACCUGCCCAGUCUGGAAGGAGAGACCAGGUCUCGCUGCUGCAGUCAGGUGGUCAUUUGUGCAGCGCUCGUGCUUUUCCGCAGCGCUUUCCUCUACGUCUCAGCUGUACAACCUGCACUGUUCCAGGGGGUCGGUGCGAUGAAUUCGGGGCCGUGGAUCCUGGUGGAGGAUUUGAGUUCAGUGUACAGUGAUUUGGAGAUGGAUCGAGGCACUUUGAAACACGCACAUAAGAAACGCAAACUGGCAGAUGGGAGAGAGAAAACAAUGAGCUCAGAUGAUGAGGAAGGUUUGGGGAAGGGCCGUGGUCGACACAUCUUAGUCAACAAGACCGAGAUGCCCAGCUGGUCAGAGACUCUGGAGAGUUUCCGCACAGCCAGAGAAAGUUGGGACCUCCUUCACGCCCACGACGGGCUGGAAGUUGAGUUUAAAAAAAUCUGUGCUGCAUGGAAGACAGACAGCUGGCUGUGGUUCAGAAUAUUCCUCACUGACAUGAUUAUAUACCAGGGCCAGUAUCGAAAGGCCCUCUCCAGCCUGCAUCAGAUGGCUGCAGUACAGCAGCCUCAGCCGGGCCAGCAGAGCCCCUCUGGUCAGGGCAGUCUGGAGCACCACAGGGCCUUCAUCCAGCAGGCAUCCUGCCACUACGCACUGGGAGAGUACAGGCUGGCCUGUGAGAAGCUGCUUGAUGUUGUCAGUGGACUGGUUCCUCCAACCCAAGAGCCAAUCAAAUCCACAGAAGAUCAGAGCAGAGUGAAAAACAAAAUGAGAAAAGGUAAUGACCUGAGAUUACUUCCCUGCACCAGCAAAGCUGUGUUACCAUUCUGUCUGCAGCUGAUGCUAGCUUGCUUCAAGCUCCGAGCCUUCACGGACAAUCGGGACGACCUGUCGCUCGGCCACGUGGUGGUGCUCCUGCAGCACGACUGGCCGCAAGGCGAGAUGCUGUUUUUAAAGGCGGUGGACAAAAUCUGUCAGCAAGGCAGUUUCCAAUACGAGAACUUCUUCAACUACGUCACCAAUAUCGACAUGCUGGAGGAGUUUGCUUACCUGCGCACUCCAGAAGGGGGCAGGAUUGAGCUGGAGCUGCUGCCGAAUCAGGGCAUGCUGAUCAAGAACCCUAGUCCCGCCCUGGGGGUGGAGUUAAACACCCUUCUGCUACAAGGGGUGCAGACAAUGGACAGACACCACACAGUGACUCGAGGGAUCACCAAAGGUGUGAAGGAAGAUUUUCGUCUGGCCAUGGAGAGGCAGGUGUCGCGGUGUGGGGAAAACUUGCUCAGUGUGCUCCACCGUUUUUGCAUUAACGAGAAAAUAAUAAUCAUCCAGUCCCUUCCUUGACCCCCAUAUCAGUGGGAUAUAAGCAUUUGUACAGUUUUAAUGAACUUGGACUGUGGUGGUUUUUACCCCCAAAAAACUGAACAUCUUUUUUUGUUUGUUUGUUUUUUGUCUUUGUCUUUGGCAUCUUAACAGAAGAAAGUCUUUUUGCCUUUAAAAAUGUUUGGGGUGACACUGGAUAUCUUCUGUUGUUUUCACGGUGUUUGUUUUUUUAAUAGAACAGUGUUGAGGUGUAAUGUGCUUAAUCCUAAUCUUUCAUGUUGUUUUUGAGCACCAUUGACCAAAAAAUUAAAUGCAUUUCAGUACUCUGGUAA